CUAACUCUGCAACCACUGGGCGGCGCGAACUCCGUCAUGAUGGACAUCGUUGUUAUCCCCGCCUCCAGAUUUACUUCAUCGAACAAUGCAACACCCAAUCAUCGGAGCAAUGGAGCCCCAUUACUACACCUCCCACAUAUAUCAUAUUGUCCGUGAAACUCUGUUCCAGAGACUUGGAUUGUUUCUUAUAGUCCUCUUCGCCUUCCUCGUCGUCCUUGCCUUCGGCGUUACCCUUUUCUCCACGCCUGGUUCCCGCCCCAGGGCUAUCUCUCCAGAUCCUGAAAGGGAGCCAAUUCUACCUUCUUCACAAAGAGACCUCGAGGCAACAUGAACCACGACGAGGGUGAGAAGCCAAACGUUGGCAAACUUAGCGGAGAAGACGUCGCAAAACACAAUUCGAAAGAUUCCUGCUGGGUUAUUGUCCAUGGCAAAGCAUACGAUGUGACGGACUUUUUACCCGAGCACCCUGGUGGUCCCAAGAUCAUCCUGAAGUAUGCCGGCAAAGAUGCCACCGAAGAGUUCGAUCCCAUUCAUCCUCCAGACACACUCGACAAGUACCUGCCCAAGGACAAGCACUUGGGCCCCGUCAACAUGGAGACGGUCCAACAGGAGGAAAAGGAGGAGAGUCCCGAGGAGAAAGAAAGACAGGAGCGUAUCAAGAACAUGCCACCACUCGAAGCAUGCUACAACCUUAUGGAUUUUGAGAGUGUAGCCAGAUAUGUCAUGAAAAAGACUGCCUGGGCAUACUACAGCUCGGGCGCGGAUGAUGAGAUCACAAUGAGAGAAAACCACUCUGCCUUCCAUAAAAUAUGGUUCCGACCACGGAUACUCGUUGACGUGGAAAAGGUGGACAUUAGCACUACCAUGCUUGGAACAAAAUGCGACAUUCCUUUCUACGUUACAGCUACCGCGUUAGGGAAGUUGGGCCAUGCUGAAGGCGAGGUGGUUCUGACCCGAGGCGCAAAGAAGCACAACGUCAUUCAGAUGAUACCAACAUUGGCGUCCUGCAGCUUCGACGAAAUCUGCGACGCCAGAGAAGGCGACCAAUGCCAAUGGUUACAACUAUAUGUCAACAAGGAUCGAGCAAUUACGGAGAAGAUCGUGCGACAUGCCGAAUCGAGAGGCUGCAAAGGUCUCUUCAUCACAGUCGAUGCUCCUCAAUUGGGCCGACGAGAAAAGGACAUGCGAAGCAAAUUCGACGACAGUGGUUCCAGCGUUCAAAGCACAAGUGGAGACGCCGUGGACAGAUCUCAAGGUGCCGCCAGAGCCAUCUCAAGUUUCAUUGACCCAAGCUUGAGCUGGAAAGAUAUUCCCUGGUUCCUGAGCAUAACGAAGAUGCCCAUCAUUCUGAAGGGCGUGCAAAGAGUGGAAGAUGUGCUGAAGGCCAUAGAGGUUGGAGCACAUGGCGUUGUCCUGUCAAACCAUGGUGGUCGCCAGCUGGAUACAGCACCCUCGGGCAUUGAAGUUCUGGCUGAAGUUAUGCCUGUCCUUCGAGAACGUGGUUUGCAGGAUAAGAUCGAAAUCUUCAUUGACGGGGGUGUUCGACGAGCCACAGACAUUAUCAAAGCCCUCUGCCUGGGAGCGAAGGGCGUAGGUAUUGGACGCCCUUUCCUCUUCGCCAUGUCUGCCUACGGUCUACCUGGUGUGGACCACGCCAUGCAAUUACUCAAAGACGAGAUGGUCAUGAACAUGCGGCUCAUCGGCGCAGCUAAAGUGGAAGAUCUGACACCAGAUAUGGUUGACACACGCGGGAUACAUUCUCACAUUGUGCCGGUACCUAAAGAUUUAUUGGGAGAGCGCUCAUAUGAUCCACUUAUUACAGCACACGAGGGUAUCAAGGCUAAGUUGUGAGCGACCGGCUGUUUCUUGUUCCAUAAAAGAUUUGGCACAGCUGUUAUAUGACUUUAUGUAUAUAGUUCGGAAUAAAUGAGCGCCGAUGUGUACAAGUAGCAUGUCGAGGAAUGGCUGAAGUCCGUGCUUUUUCAGCACCUCUGUCCUGGUCUGCAUGAUGAAAAGGGUUUACGGAUUGCUGAGGUAGUAGAAGUCCAAUGCAUGUGCCAGAUAUAUCAGAGCCACUAUGUUGGAAAGGAAAGAAUUUGGUUCGGGCUCAUUCUAUUAUUGAGAUAUCGGAGCCUUCGGAUAGCGAGUCAUAGAUUGUGGGGUUGACGUAGACACCGAUUCAGCU